AUGCACAGUAGUUCGCAAAAUAACUCUAAUAACAAUAAUAAUGGUGAGGAUGCGGAAGGCCAGGAGGAGAAUCAUGAAAGGGCUUCAAGAGGUUCACAUCCUCAGGAAUUCGCGGCCCAAUGGGAACCUGACCCACCAAGGAGCCAGUCGACAGGCCAUAGUGGGAUUCCGGAAUUCUCACCACCCGAGAGAUCCAUACCAAUUGGUUCUCAAUUCAGAGGCCAGAAGCUAUCGCCGGUCAGUAAGAUGGACGAGAACACCACCGACAACUCGUCCGACUUCGACUGCGACAACUUCCUAGAACCCGACCACCUGCUGGCCAACACCUACUUCCACAUCCUCAUCUACUUCAUGUACACAGCCAUCUUCUUCAUCGCCUUCUUGGGCAACAGCUUCGUGUGCUACGUGGUCCUGUCCUCCCCGAGAAUGCGCACAGUCACCAACUACUUCAUCACCAACCUAGCUGUGGGCGACAUGCUCAUCACCGUCUUGUGCGUGCCCUUCACUCCCAUGCCCUUGCUGAAACAGUACUGGCCCUUCGGUAGCGUGCUUUGUCUCGUGGUGAACUACUCACAGGCGCUAUCGGUUUUUGUGAGCGCUUAUACAUUGGUGGCUAUCAGCAUAGACAAGUAUAUCGUGAUAAUGUGGCCGUUGAAACCGAGGAUAUCGAAGAGAUUUGCCACUAGUGUGAUAUUUUUGGUGUGGUUAGUGGCUGGAACGACUGUUAUUCCCACUGGGAUGUUCGCGAAGACUUUUCAGCCGGUCAAUGAUACCUAUUAUGCUUAUUGCGACAGAUCUAAAUUUAGAUCUAUGCCAAAACAGUACUGGCCCUUAGAUAGCGUGCUCUGCCCCGUGGUGAACUAUUCGCAGGCGCUGUCAGUUUUUUUCCUGAUGGUGAUGCAGUACGUGAUCCCUUCCAUCGUGCUGCUAUUCACCUACACCAGCAUCGCCGCAGUGAUCUGGUGUCACCGUAUUCCGGGCGAAGCGGAGAACUCGAGAGACAUCCGCAUCGCCAAAUCCAAAAGAAAGGUGAGGAAUUUGUAG